AUGGAGCAGGGCUACGGAGGCUACGGGGCCUGGAGUUCCGGAGCUGCCAACGCCCAGGGUGCCUAUGGAACUGGUGUGGCUAGUUGGCAAGGUUAUGAAAACUAUAACUACUAUGGUGCCCAAAAUAUGAACAUGACUACGGGAGCAACCUACAGCAAUGGCCCAACUACCUGGGAAACCAAGGCCAGUGAUGGUCUGGCAUCUGGCGCCCCUGCCAUGCACAUGAGUUCUUAUGGUCCAGAGUCCUGCAGUGACAACUCCGACUCCCUCAUUGCCAAGAUCAACCAGCGCUUGGACAUGAUGUCCAAAGAAGGAGCCAGGGGUGGGAACAGCAGUGGGGGAGGCAUGCAGGACCGUGAUGGCUCCUUUCACUUCCAGUCGUAGGAAUCCUAUGAAUCCAGGCCCUGUCGGCCUGAGCACACUUCUUACCGCCCUGGCUACAACUACAACUUCGAUUUCCACCUGGGCUCUGACCGCAAUGGCAGCUUUGGUGGCCAGUAUGGUGAUUGCCGGGACACUGUGCAAGAGCGCAGCUCCUUUGAUGGCUACACCGGCUGGGGGCAGGGUCAGAACUGCUUCCAGGACCGCAGCAACGUCAGCACCUUCAUGCGCACUGACCCCUUUAUCCCCUCAGCUGCCCCCUCAGAACCCCUGUCUGCUCCCUGGACAGAGAUGAACUAUGUGGGGGGCUGGGCCCCGCCAGGCCCUGCUCCCAGCAGGCCUCCACUGUCCCUCUUCUCUCAUCAGCCCAUGGCCCCUGACUUCAAUAUGAUGGGCGUCCAGGGGCCACGCAGGUCUGAUAACCCUGUGCUCUAUGGAUGUGGCUGUUCUCAGACCCGGAUGAGGGAUCGGCCUCGGAGAAGGGGUUUUGAGCGCUUUGGCCCGGACAACAUGGGCAGGAAGCAGAAACUGCUGCUGAUGUAUGAGGAGCGGGAUGCCAAGCAGGCACGAGCUGACAGCGAUGGAGAUUUCUCUGACAACGAUGAUGGAGCUGCUGACUUCUGUUCGGGAGAUGAAGAAUGCCGGGGCGAGGAGAAAUUCUGUGACUCUGCGAAACAGAAAGGAGAGAAGGAAGAUGAGGAUGAUGAGCUGAAGAGGAAAAGAGAGAAGCAGAGAAGGCAAGACAGAGUGCGAGACCGAGGAACUGACAGGAUUCAAUUUGCCUGUUCUGUGUGCAAGUUCCGUAGCUUUGAAGAUGAAGAAAUACAGAAUCAUCUCCAAAGCAAAUUCCACAAAGAGACGCUGCGUUUUAUUGGUACCAAACUGCCUGAUAAGACAGUGGAGUUCCUCCAGGAAUACAUCGUAAAAAGGAAUAAAAAAAUUGAGAAGUGGCGCCAGGAAAUGGUAGAUAAGGAAAGCACAAGACCAAAACCAGAACCUUUCAAGGGGAUUGGCCAGGAGCACUUUUGCAGUAAAUAUUUUAAAACAGGCCCUGGCAAAGUGACCCCUAUUACACUGAUAGUAAGCAUCCUCCUUGGCAAGAUGAUGCAAGUCACCACAGUAAUAAAGAUGUCAGAAGAGACAAGGAAACAAAAUGGAAACUUCUGCCAGGAAUCUCCAUUCCACCAUCAUGACCUCCAUCAGCAGUGCAUUGCUGAACCCAGAAGUUUUUCUAUCUACUACAGUUAA